AUGACAACAGCGACAUUCAGUGUUACAACAGCUAAUGAUUUGACAACAGAACAAGAAUAUGUUACUCAAGAAAAGAAAUAUCAAGUGACAACUGAACAAGGCGUAAUUACAAUGGAUUAUGAUGAGGAAAGCAGCAAUACGAACAAAAACGAAGAACUGACGUUCGACGUCACAACAGCCGAUGUUGCAAUGGGACUGGAAUAUGAAGUUACAAAAGACCUGGAAAAACAAGGCGCAACCACGAUGGACUAUGCGGGCGCAACCACGAUGGACUAUGCAAGCGCAACCACGAUGGACUAUGCAACUAAAAGCAGCGAUACAAUCAAAAACGAAGAUUCUACUUUCGACGUCACGCCAGACGAUGUCGGAUCAGGACUGGAAUAUGAAGUUACAAAAGACCUGGAAAAACAAGGCGCAACCACGAUGGACUAUGCGGGCGCAACCACAAUGGACUAUGCAACUAAAAGCAGCGAUACAAUCAAAAACGAAGAUUCUACUUUCGACGUCACGACAGACGAUGUCGGAUCAGGACUGGAAUAUGAAGUUACAAAAAACCUGGAAAAACAAGGCGCAACCACGAUGGACUAUGAGGGCGCAACCACGAUGGACUAUGCAACUGAAAGCAGCGAUACAAACAAAAACAAAGAUUCGACGUUCGACGUCACGACAGACGAUAUCGGAUCAGGACUGGAAUAUGAAGUUACAGUACAACCAGAAUAUGAAGAAUAUAAUGGAUACACGGAAUACCAAGUGACAGCAGAAACAGGCGUCACCACGAAGAACUAUAUGUAUGAAUGGGGAAACAAAAAAACUAACAAGAAUGGGGAAUAUUUUGAUACAGACGAAUGUACCACCGAGCGACCAUGCAACAUCAAUGCUAACUGCUCUAAUACCGAGGGAUCUCACACCUGCACGUGUAAACCUGGUUACCAUGGUGAUGGGGAAACGUGUGCUGACAUCGACGAAUGCAGUGAUGGCAGCUUCGAUUGUGAAACUAAUACAAAGUGUACAAAUACUCAAGGGUCAUACAUUUGUCCUUGUUUGGAAGGAUAUAGUAAGAUAAACUCUGAAUGUGUCAAACCAGCUGACAAUUUUACAUCUAACAACAGAGAGACAUUCGGAACGUUUGAUUGCAGACGUGAGAAUACUGGAUGUCAGAAUGGAGGAACGUGUAACUGGGUAGCAGAUGGUGGUUCGUGUAUAUGUCCCACUGGGAUCUCGGGAUAUGCCUGUAACAUUGAUGAAGAUAAGGUGGCCAGCCCUGAAGAUUGCAGUUCUAGAUGUGUAGAGGCAAAUACACUACAAUGUGUCGCGACUGAUCAAGGAACUGCUGAAUGCAUUUGCAAAUAUCCUUUCACAGGAGAUGAUUGCUCAAAACGACGAGUGGAUGUUACCUGUUCUCCGACAGCCAUGACGGUUACAAUAAUUCCAUAUUCUGGGACAUCACCUUUAACCAUGUUUACUGGUCGGAUAUUCAUUCCAAACCAUCUCAACGCCCCUUGUGAGUUCACUGAACAAACAGGGGCAUUUGUCAGCAGCGAAAUUGGUCAUUCGGACUGUGGAAUAGUCGCCAAAACUGAUACACCCUCGAUUGGCAUGGUUACUUAUGAAGUGAGAAUUGUGAUUCAGUAUGACCCAUAUGUCAUCACACUCCUUGAUGAGAUAGUUACUGCCCGGUGCUCAGCUAUGGCACAUGGUGAACUAAGUGUAUCCUGGGGUGCAGUAGAUUCUAUAGAAGAAGAUAAGCUCAAAGACGGAGGGACUGUAAUUGGAGAAAUCUCCCCGAUUGUAAUAAAAGUCACAGAUACUGAGGGGAAGGAUAUAGGAGACAACGUGCACAUUGGGGAUCCAUUGCAAUUGAAGUUCAUCCAAAUUGAAGGUGGUGCCCCAUACACAGUAGAGUCGUGCGUUGCAAGUGACACAAAGGAAAAUCCUGAAAGCGAACUUGUCAUUAUUCAGGACAGAUGCAUAAGCCGGAGAUCAUAUACAAUUUUUGACAUGGAAAACCCGGUUGAAAUCUUGGAUGAAACGAAAGUAUUACAUCUAAAAGCAUUUAAAUUUCCGAGUGGUUCCACUGUGUUUCUCAAGUGCACCGUGCGACUAUGCAAUGAAAAGGAUACAACGGCUUGCGACCUAAAGACUGAUUGCGAUGGAGAGAUAACUCAAGGAUUGAGAAAACGUUCUGUUUCUGACGAUGAGAUACUUUAUACUAAGAAGUGGAUUGUGAAUGUGGAUGGAUCCAGUUCUAAUGCGACGUCCCAUGGUGCUGUCAAUGCAAUAUCUACACUUAUGGUUGGGGUUGCGAUUCUGACAUUAUUAUGGCAAUGAUUUCAACAUUUAAGAUAUCUCAGAAUGUGAGAACAAUGUGACAUUUAUGAAUUAUGACUCUUCCCAAAGUAUUAUUUCACAUAUACUUAUCAUAACAAAUUCACUCCGUAGAAUUCUCCGUUGUAUUUUUGAUCAUUCAUACUGUCAUUGUUUUAAAAAAAAUUAAUUCUAAUGAUGGAUGCUGGAAUUAUUUCACGAAACCACUUACCGAUAUAUUUAUAUCUACUUUCAUAUGUAUAAGACCCUGAUGACUUCCUCGGUAUGCCCUACAUUGAUUGAAGAAAACGAUCAUGGUACCAACUGGGGGAUGUCGGAGCCGGGUAUCCUAAGGUGGACCCAUUUUUCGGGGCCUCGUCAAAUAUCAUUUUAGAGUCCCUUAGAAUAAAACCCAUAUUCAAUCCCU